GGAAGAGAAAGGCAGGGACGGGACAGGAGUCGGAUUACAAGAUGGCGGCCGCGCCGCGGUGGUAGUCGCUGUUGCUGCUGGUCCGGUAGAAGAGGAAAGGAGGCGGCGGCGGGCCCGGGCGCCAUGAAAAGCGGCGUAUUAAAGGCCUCCUGAGAGACUUCCCUUGCCCCUUUUCCCCCGGCCGGACCGGGCCCCCACCAUGUCGGACACCCGGCGGCGGGUGAAGGUCUACACGCUCAACGAAGAGCGGCAAUGGGACGACAGGGGCACCGGGCACGUCUCCUCCACUUAUGUGGAACGCCUCAAGGGGAUGUCUUUGCUCGUCCGGGCCGAGUCGGACGGUUCGCUCUUGUUGGAAUCGAAGAUAAAUCCAAACACCGCGUAUCAAAAGCAGCAGGAUACGUUGAUUGUUUGGUCAGAAGCAGAGAAUUAUGACUUAGCCCUAAGUUUUCAAGAAAAAGCUGGCUGUGAUGAGAUCUGGGAAAAAAUUUGUCAGGUUCAAGGUAAAGAUCCUUCAGUGGAAGUCACACAGGACCUCAUUGAUGAAUCUGAAGAAGAACGCUUUGAGGACAUGCCUGAAACUAGUCAUCUGAUUGAUCUGCCUACUUGUGAGCUCAACAAACUUGAAGAGAUCGCUGAUCUAGUUACCUCAGUUCUCUCAUCACCCAUCCGUAGAGAAAAGUUAGCCUUGGCUUUGGAAAAUGAAGGCUACAUUAAAAAAUUGCUGCAGCUUUUCCAGCUUUGUGAGAACCUAGAAAAUACCGAAGGCUUACAUCAUUUGUAUGAAAUUAUUCGAGGAAUUUUGUUCCUCAAUAAAGCAACUCUUUUUGAGGUGAUGUUUUCAGAUGAGUGCAUUAUGGAUGUUGUGGGAUGCCUUGAAUAUGACCCUGCAUUAGCUCAGCCAAAAAGGCACAGGGAAUUCUUGACCAAAACAGCAAAGUUUAAAGAGGUCAUACCUAUCACAGACUCUGAACUAAGGCAAAAGAUUCAUCAGACUUACAGGGUACAGUACAUUCAGGACAUCAUCUUGCCAACGCCAUCUGUGUUUGAAGAGAAUUUUCUUUCUACCCUUACUUCCUUCAUUUUCUUUAAUAAAGUUGAGAUUGUCAGUAUGCUACAGGAAGAUGAAAAGUUCUUGUCUGAAGUUUUUGCACAGCUAACUGAUGAUGCUACUGACGAUGACAAAAGGCGUGAGCUGGUUAACUUUUUCAAGGAGUUCUGUGCAUUUUCUCAGACACUGCAGCCUCAGAACAGAGAUACUUUUUUCAAAACUUUGGCAAAGUUAGGAAUUCUUCCUGCUCUUGAAAUUGUAAUGGGCAUGGAUGAUUUGCAAGUUAGAGCUGCUGCUACAGAUAUAUUUUCUUAUCUGGUAGAAUUCAGUCCAUCCAUGGUCCGGGAAUUUGUGAUGCAAGAAGCCCAGCAGAGUGAUGAUGAUAUCCUCCUCAUAAAUGUAGUAAUUGAGCAAAUGAUCUGUGAUACUGACCCUGAGCUUGGUGGUGCUGUUCAGUUAAUGGGGCUCUUGCGUACACUAAUCGAUCCUGAGAACAUGUUGGCCACAGCUAAUGUAAGAAAAUGGAAAGGGAAAACUGAGAAAAGUGAAUUUCUCAAUUUCUUCUACAACCAUUGUAUGCAUGUUCUGACAGCUCCACUUCUGGCAAAUACAUCUGAGGAUAAGAGUGAUAAAGACACAGUAGUUGGAAGCAACAAGAGUAAUACAAUUUGCCCAGACAACUAUCAAACUGCACAGCUGCUUGCCUUAAUUUUGGAACUACUUACUUUUUGUGUGGAACACCACACAUAUCACAUCAAGAACUAUAUUAUGAACAAGGAUUUGCUGAGAAGAGUUUUGGUCUUGAUGAACUCUAAACACACCUUUUUGGCACUGUGUGCUCUUCGUUUCAUGAGGAGGAUAAUUGGCCUAAAGGAUGAAUUUUAUAACCGUUAUAUCACCAAAGGAAACCUGUUUGAGCCAGUCAUAAAUGCUCUUUUGGAUAAUGGGACUAGGUACAAUCUGCUGAAUUCAGCCGUCAUUGAACUAUUUGAAUUCAUCAGAGUGGAAGAUAUCAAGUCACUUACUGCACAUAUAGUUGAAAACUUUUAUAAGGCACUUGAAUCCAUUGAAUACGUUCAGACAUUCAAAGGACUGAAGACAAAAUAUGAGCAAGAGAAAGACCGGCAAAGUCAGAAAUUGAACAGUGUCCCGUCAAUAUUGCGUAGCAACAGGUUUCGCAGAGAUGCAAGAGCCUUGGAGGAAGAUGAGGAAAUGUGGUUCAAUGAAGAUGAAGAGGAAGAGAGUGAAGCUGUCAUACCCCCUGUAGAGAAAUCAAAGUCUGAGGAUGAUUUUCCAGAUAGCUAUGAGAAGUUCAUGGAAACCAAAAAGGCAAAAGAGAGUGAGGACAAAGAGAAUCUCCCCAAAAGGACGUCAGCGGGCGGCUUCAAAUUCACCUUUUCCCACUCUGCCAGUGCAACUAAUGGAGCCAAUAGUACAAACAGUAAAUCUGUAGCAGCUCAGACAUCGCCAGCAAGCUCAAAUGGUUCUUCUUCAAAGAAUGCCAACUUGACUGCAGCAGUCACAGCCACAAAGGGAAGUUUAGUUGGUCUUGUGGAUUAUCCAGAUGAUGAGGAGGAAGAUGAAGAAGAGGAAACAUCUCCAAGAAAAAGACCUCGUCUUGGCUCUUAAGUAUUGAAACAGACUCUUAAUUGUGGGUGCUUAAACGCUGUGACUGUUUGAGCUAAAUAGUCUGACUCGGAAAGCUUUCUCCCUGGAAAACACAAGAGAAUACAAGGAGCAGCAAAAGAAACUCUACUAGAAGGGUUUAGUUCUGAGAAUACCAGACUUCCAAAGAGCCUAAUCUCUUUCUAGUAAAUGAGUCUGCCAUUCAGGCAGUUAAAAAUUAAACUGAAAUGGUGGGUUAGUAAUCAGCAUCUGGAUGACAGCUUGCAGCAAAAAAAAAAAAAGAAUGCCUUGGGUUCUCUGAGGGGAUGGGGAUGGGGAAAGUAACUUGUUGAUAUUGCAGGGGCUCCCCGGUUUGUAUCCAAGCUAGAAGAAAAUUGUAAGGCUUCAGUUGCAGAUCUAGUAACAUAACUUCGUAAUGGUGCUGUCCAUUGUGUUUUUUAGCAAUUGCCUCUUUUAAAUGAUUCUCUUUCCAUAAAAACGAAUUUAUACAUUGGGGACCACUAUUUGCACAGUCAGCCAAAUUAGAGAGGGUGACACUCUGCUACAUAGUGUGUGUUGAGUGGCAAAAUGAUUCCCCCUCACACUAAAACUCCAUAUUGUGGAAGGAGAAAAGAAACUGGGUUAAAAUUGAUGAUUAGAAGCUAUCCAGGAAAACCAAUACCAAGGAUCAUCUGUUUUCAAAACAAGACGAAAACUCUUGAAACCAUCAAUAAACCCUUGAAAUGGCAUCUGAGUCGCAACUAGUAAUAGCGUUUGAUGGAAACCCAGCUGAAUUGAGCCACUCCCUGCCAGCUUCGGAAAAGGUUUUCCUUGAGCCACCUGCAUUUCUCAUUGGCAAGGAGUGAAACAGAAUGCUAUGAAAGGCUGUCAGAAGGUUCUGAACGCUGAAGAAUUUAGUGGCCAUCACUUGACCAACAGCGAUUUGGGAGGCAGAGUCAACAUGCAGCACCUUGGGUAUAAUACAGAGGCAGCUGCUCAACACAUUCCAUGUAUUUAAGCAAAAUUCAAAAGUACAUUAGGUAAAAUUGAUGGAGGCAAGCAUUUUUAUUUUCAGAGCAAGUGAACUGUAAAUAUUUUAAUGUUAGUUUGGCCAUAUAUGAUCUGAGAUCAUGCAGAAGAGAGAAGAAAUUCCCCAAACUACAAAUUGUGUCAAGAGUGAUACAGACUAUGAAACCAGCGGUAAUCCACCAUUAUAGAUCACUCUUGUAAUGUGUUUAUGGGUCCAUUUCUCCUGGAGCAGUUACUGACAGUUUCCCUGUUUUGGAGAUUUUUGUAGUUAAUUUUGAUUUUAGCUAUUGUUUGCAAAAGAUGGGCUGUCUGUGUAGAUAUGAAGUAUAGUUUUUCCAUAAAACAGAAGUUUAUUUUGUAUUGGGGAAAAAAAACCACUGUACUUGUUUUACACCAUUUGUAUACAUGUGGUGAUAUUAAUGCUGAACUGUAAAAUUCAGGAAUUAAAAUGUGACCCUGUAAUUCCAUAAUUAUUGGUUUUGUUUGGUUUGUUGUAAAUGGUAAGUUAAUUCAGAUUUUGAAAUGUGGCCAUUUUAGAGAAUUUUAAUGAGAUAGUUAUUUGUACAGUUUAAUCAUUCUUUGCCACUGAACCAGAUCUAGCAAAGCAAAGCAUGCUUCUAGAUUUGAUUCAGUGAAUUGUGAUGACUGUUAAUAUGGCCUGAAGGACAUAUCUUUUUGCCCUCUGGGGGCUCCAGGCAACCACAGAUGGGGCUUCUUCAUUCUUACAGCUGAGAUUUACUUGUUUGGGGAAGUGACCAGGAAAAUGAUAUAGCUGGUUCAACAGAGUUAUUGCUAUAGACUGCUCUCUCCCCACUUACUACAGGUGGUAUUUCCUCCAAAGCACUAUGGUUACCACUGAGGAAGCCCAGGGGGCACAGCAUGUACCAUUUGCCAUCAGAGUGAAGUUCUCCUGGUCUGUUCCCUAACCUUUUUAAUAAGUCACUGCAAACAAUCUUCAGACAUUUGGAUUCUCAUUCUUUCAUUCUGUUUCAAAGACUGUUAGGAGCUUUAAAACCACACAUAGAUCAGCUCACAAGUCACUCCUAUAGCAAAAAUCUGGUUUUUAAAAAAAAAAAAAUUGAUGAAAGCAAUAGGUGACAUGUCAACCAGUGUCUGAACAGAUCAGAAAUCUUUAAUGCUGUGAAUAACAAAGCUUCUCCCUUUCAAGUAAUACAAUCUGCCUCAGAUGCACAUUCCCUUUACCCCUCCCAGCUCUCCAGUUUAUAUCCUGGUUGUGUUUUGCCACAGGACAGCCCACAUUUCAAAUGCCUGGGGCCCCUCAACUGAUUUUUUAAGAAGAUUACACCUGCCAACAUGUCUCAGUUAAAUACUAUUUUAAUAAAAAGUUACAUGAAAUGUGGAUGGACUGUUUCCUUAUUGUGUUGAAAACUUUAAAGAAGAAAGCUGUUUGGUUUCUCAGAAACUGGGGCUGUAGUGACAUUUUAAAAGCUCUGAAUUAUAAGUAAGCCACAUUCAUAUCCUUGCUGUAAUUGCCACUGAGCCUAACAACAUAAAGUUGUUCUGGUAAUGGCAGACUUACCACUUAAUACUUACAGACUCACGAAAAGUACACAAAAUAUAAUCUUGUUGCUAGUGACCCACUUAUUACAGCUAGAUUUGAGUCCAGUAGCACCUUGAAGACAAACAGAAUUCUCAGUGUAGAGCUUUCCUGAGUU